UAUGUUUUUGACUGUUUUAAUAUUGAAUUUAGAGUAAAGUUCGUGAUAGGAUAGCAUAAUGUCGCUCCAAUUUCAAAACGACUGCGGCGAUUCGGUCAAACUGGCCAUCAUUGAGGAGCUGCAGAACCUUCUCAGCUCGAAUACCAAUGUGUUGCAGGAGGCGGAGAAGCGAACAAAGCAGCUGGAAUACACGGAAGGCUAUGGCGUCUACCUGUCCGAGAUCAUAAUGAAUCAGUCGCACGAGCUUCCGCUGCGACAGAUAGCUAUCGUUAUGCUAACCCGCUACGUCGAGAACCACUGGACGGAGGAGGACUUGAAGACCGACAAGGCUAACAGCUGCAUGGCCAGCGAACAGGCCAAGCGUACUAUUCGCAACAUACUGCCCAACGGACUGUACGAUCCCAACUCAAAAAUCCGCUCCUCUGUGGCCCAUACCAUAUCCACCAUAGCUUCCACCGACUAUCCGCAAUGCUGGACGGAGCUGUUCGACAUCAUUGUCAAGUGUUUGGGCGGCAACGAAGACUCCAUCCACGGGGCCAUGCAGGUUCUGCAGGACUUUUCUUACGACGUAGAGCAAAUCAAGGAACUGGGACCCGUUGUCAUUCCCGAGGUGUACCGCAUCUUUGACUCUGAGCAGAACUACUCCAUCAAGACGCGCGUAUCGGCCAUUCGCAUCCUAAAGCCCCUCUUCACAUCCAUUGCGGCUCUGAUUACGAACAAACAGGAGCAGGCGACCAUGAUGAACUCCAUUCUCAACAACUUCAUGGACAAGCUGUUGCACUACCUGAGCAUGACCAGCGGAGCGGGCUCCAAUUUCCUGCUACGCUCAGAAAUCAUUAAGGUCUUCACCCACGUGGUGAGCGAGUGCUCGAAGUACAUCAACCCGUUCAUGGAGAGGAUACUGCCCAUCAUCUGGCAGCUCCUCACCCAGAUAGCCGAGACCUAUGUGAAGGUGUCGGUGAACCAAACAGAGCCCAAUCCACUGCCCAGUGGCGACAACGAAGACGAUGACGAGCAGACCAAUUUCCAAACGCUCAUCAUCCAGAUCCUCGAGUUCAUCAACUGCAUCGUGACCUGUGGAAAACUUCGGGGAUGCAUCAAGAACGUGCUGGCCGAUCUCAUCUACAUCACGAUCGUGUACAUCCAAUUGAGCGAGGAGCAGCUGGAGGACUGGCAGGAGGACCCAGAGAAAUUUGUCGACGACGAGGAUGACGGCGGCGUGGAGCUGACGGUGCGCAUGUGCGGCCGCGAUGUCCUGCUGGCCAUCAACGACGAGUUCGGGGCAAAGGCCAUUCAGCCGCUGCAGGAGGCUCUGGGCAGGCACUUUAGCGUGGCCGAGGCGGAGAAGGCGGCCAACAAUCCAAACUGGUGGAAGAUCCAGGAGGCCUGCAUGGACGCCGUGCACGGCUUUCGCGACAUCAUUCUCGAGGGUGACUCCAAGUUCGAUCUUCUCAAUUAUCUGACCAUCGUGCGGAAUCUGCUGGUGCACCAGGAGUCGCCCCACCUGGUGGGUCGCGCCCUCUGGACCCUGAGCACAUACUCCAAGUCAGACCUGUACAAUCCCCAGAUGGUGGCCGAGAUCCUCGACGUCACCCUGUGCAGCCUGUCGCCAGAGAAGACGCACAUCCUGAGGAUCAGUGCAGUGCGCACGCUGCACGGCUUCUUGCUGGCCAACGAAUCGACCGAGGGCGAGAAACGAACUUUGCUGGUGUCCAAGCUGCCGGGAUUCUUUGAUGGCAUCAUGGCUCUGGUCUCGGGCUGCAAGGCCACUGUCCUGGCCCUGCUCAUGGAGGCACUGACGGUCAUGGUCCAGUUUGAUGCAGACUUUGCCUAUGCCGCCAAUGGCAAGAUUACUCCGCUGGCCAUUGCUGUCUUUCUCAAGUAUGCCGAGGACCCGUACGUCCUGGAGAAUGUGCAGGAUCUAAUCAAAGCCCUCUGCCAGCGGAAGCAGUGCCUGGUGCUGCUGCAGGAGAAGUUCAUUCCCACUAUCGUGAGCAUCUUGGAACUGCUAGAGACAAAUAACACUGAGAAGCAGGACAUUGCCCUGGACGUCCUCAACACCAUCGUCAAGUACACGGAGCCGCCACUGAGCAGCGCACUGCUGGACAGAGCCUUUCCGGCCGUCUUGAACUGCCUCGUGCACACGGACGAUCAUGCGGUGAUGCUGGCCGGCGGCGAGUGCCUUCGCAGCUUCAUCAACGUCUCGCCCGCCCAGAUCUGCAGCUACCAGAACGGCGAGGGUGGUAACUGCAUCAUGCAGGUGGUGGCCGCUGUACUGCUCAAUCCCAUGAACAGCGAGAUGACGGCCGCGGGCCAGAUCGGACGGCUGGUCAUCACGAUCAUCACAAAAAUGGGCACCAUGCUUGGACCGAAUGUGGACAUGCUGCUGAAGGCUGUGAUCAGCAAAAUGCAGAACCUGGAGUGCCUUAAGGUAAUCAUGAAUCUGGUCCUGAUUUUCGCCCAUCUCUUCCUUACUCAAAUGGACGCCGUGCUCAACUUUCUGUCCACUGUUCCGGGGCCAAACGGAGAGCCAGCCAUGCAGUUCGUCCUCUCCAAUUGGCUCUCGCGCCAAAACUCGUUCUUCGGCAUGUACGAGCGAAAGGUCACCACCAUGGCCCUGUGCAAGCUGUUCGAGUACGGCGUGGCCACGCAGGACAAUCGCCUCACGAGCAUCACCUACAAGGAGCUGGUAGAGGACCCCAGCGAUGCCCGUAGGCGCACUCGCUCCGUGGCCGCCGCCAACCAGAAGUGGACCACAAUUCCUGCUCUCGUCAAGAUCUUCAAGGUGCUGAUGUCCGAGUACCAGCACUUUCAGGAGAGCAAGACGGACGAGCCACUUACCGACACCGAUGAGGAGGAUGCCGAGGCCGAGGAAGACGAGGCCACCAGCUUAGCUAAAUCUCGAUUCAUCUCUGACCUGUACGUGGAAUUCGACAAGGAUAAUGUAGAGGACGAUCUGCUGCUCAAGGAGCUGCUCAAGGAGACCAACUACACAGGCGACAUAGCCGAGAACCUGCAAAAAUUCCUCACCAAUUUCACACAAAACGAACACUUUCCCAGCUUUUACGAGCAUCUCAACGAGGCGGAGCGCCACAUUCUGCUCAACAAGGUGCAGCAGCAGAAGUAAUUCGCUGCUGAUCCAUUCUCUCCAUCACAUGGACAGCAGGUUGUCCCAACAGCAGAUUGUGUUAAUCGUAUUUAUAUAUUGUUACUAAUCGAUCCUUGGAUUAAACACAGUUGUAUUUUUUCUACGCGCAAGCAGUAAAUAGUUAAA